CUGCGUCCUUUCUUUGUUUAUGUUUUGCAUCAGAUCUCAACUUCCAGUACACCAACCAGCCAGGAGGCAAUAACGGAGACCUUCUCAACGCAAGUCUCGUCCUUCGUUCUGUAUGGGCAAAGGCCAAACGGGAAUCCCCCGCUCACUAGCCCAGAAAUUGGUCCGCUCGGUCUCCGCUUACACUUUUAGUUUCCCGACGGUGAUCUCCCCGCAUCUUGUCGCUUUCCGAUCUACCUGCAGUCCUCCCACUACUGCGUCCCCCUCGGCCGUAGGGCAAUCACAAGUCACAAUGCCCCCUCCCUAGGUUUCUUCUUCUCCCUCCCACCUCCCUCCCCCCGGCUGUUCACUACACUUAUCGCUCCUUUCCAUUGGUUGGUCGCCGGCAAUAACCCUGUCUCCAUGUCCUCCGCGAAAAAUAGAUUGUCCGGCCUCCUGGGCCAUCUUCUCCCUUCCUCCGACGGCCAGGGAGGAGCUAAGGCUGCGUCGGUGCAGAGCCAGGUUAACUUUCAUACCCUUUCGCCGGCGUACUUUCUGCAGAGAGCGGCGGCCAUUGAGCCAGAUGCUGAGGCCAUUUACCAUGUUACGGCAAAUAAUCAGGUACUCCGAAGAACAUAUAUUGAGUUUGCAGAUAGGGCUAGAGGGCUGGCGUACUUUUUGAAGAAACGUGGAUUUAAAAAGGUAGGCAUCUUGUGCCCGAAUACGCCCGCGUUUUUGGAGUCGAUUUUCGGCAUUGGAGCUGCGGGAGGUGUAAAUGUUGCUGUGAACUACCGUCUUAAGGAAGACGACAUUGCAUAUAUAUUCACCCAUUCCGAUGCAGAGGUGAUCAUUGUGGAUCAGGAAUACCUGCCGCUGCUGCGCGUGUAUAGGGAGGCCAAACCGGAGACGCCGAUUAUUGUUGAUACCGAUACAGAUGCCACGGAAGGCCAGCUGUCGGGUCCUUUCGAUGAGGCGGUCUUGGAAGGUCUGAAGUAUGACGCUGCUACAGGUGGAAAGGGCUGGGAUGGGCUUGAGGCCCAGGCAUCCGGGUCCGAGGACGAUGUUGUUGCUUUGGCAUACACAAGCGGCACAACCUCGCGGCCAAAGGGCGUGGAGUAUACGAACCGGGGCUGCUACCUGGCCGCUUUGGGGAAUGUGGUUGAGUCUGCCCUGAAUGUCUUCAAUGGCCGCUGUCGUUAUUUAUGGAUCUUGCCCAUGUUCCAUGCUGUUGGUUGGACAUUCCCCUGGGCCGUUACCGCCGUUCGGGGCACACAUUACUGCCUGCGGAAGAUAGACUAUGGGCAGAUUUGGAGUCUGCUGAAGCAGGAAGCCAUCACUCACUACAAUGCAGCUCCCACGGUAAACACUCUGCUCUGCGCUCAUGCAGAUGCUGAACGACUUCCCGUACCGGUGAACGUUCAGGUGGCAGGAAGUCCCCCUACACCCUUGUUGUUCGAGCAGAUGAGCAGCUUCAAUCUGCUCCCUGUACAUGUAUACGGGAUGACGGAGACAUAUGGACCGACUACCAGAAGCUACUAUCUGCCCUCAUGGGACCGCCUGCCUUCGGACGAGAAGUUCAAACGCAUGGCAAGGCAAGGCCAUGGGUUCUUGACCAGCCUGCCAACCCGGGUAAUCAAGACGGACGUUCCUGAGGGCACCAUUAUUGAUGUCAGCCGGGACGGCAAGGAGAUUGGCGAGAUAGCGUUUGUCGGAAACAUCUGUGCUCGAGGCUAUUACAAAGAUGCCGAGGCGACGCGGAAGCUCUUCGCUGGCGGGGUUCUUCAUUCCGGAGAUUUGGCCGUCUGGCAUCCCGACGGAGCGAUCCAGAUCCUGGACCGAUCCAAAGACAUCAUCAUUAGUGGAGGCGAAAACAUCUCAUCUGUUGCCCUAGAAUCCAUGCUGGUGACGCACCCCGACAUUCUGGAGGUUGGCGUGGUGGCGGUGCCAGACACCCACUGGGGCGAACGACCCAAGGCGUUUGUGACCACAAAACAGGGCCGCAACUUGGAGGGACAGGAGGUGAUUGACUGGGCCCGGAAUCACAGUCAGAUCAGCAAGUUUAUGCUUCCGCGGGAGGUGGAGGUGGUGGCGGAACUCCCCAAGACCAGCACGGGGAAAAUUCGGAAGAAUGUGCUUCGGGAAUGGGCGAAGGGGGCUCCGCGCACAUGAUCCAGGGGCUGUGCUUUGGUAUACACCGUAGAAUUGUGGUGGUGAUAGGGUUGGUUGCAUGCAAAGCGCGUUAGCGUUGAGUAACUUAGGGUACGUAGAUCUCACUGAAGCCUCGACUUCUGACUGGCUCUUGCUAUUGCUGUCAUACAAUCCGAUCUAUAUAGUGUGAGUGCCCACUGCUUCAGUCAGAACAGGGGGAACUGGAGAAAGAGGGAUGACCUAGCACGCUGUAAAUCCUAGCUGUAGUCUGAAUCAAGUACAGUAUUUU